AUGCCCUCCUCCGCAUUGGAAGGCUAUCUAGCAGACAAGUACAUAGCGUCGUUGUAUAAAAAUAUGACCCUUCUGUUCGCCGACAUAUGUAACUACACAGCCUAUGCGAAGAGCGCCCCUGCCGAGCGGGUUGUAUCUCUUCUCACCAACUUAUUCUCGCGGUUCGACGAUUUAUCGGAUGUUCACGGGGUGUACAAGGUGCAUACUAUUGGGGAUGCCUACGUUUCGAGCACUGAACCCAAAGAGGGAGUGGAUAAGGUACAGUCCGCUAGCAAGAUGGUAUCGUUCGCACAGGCAAUGGUGGAGGCUCUCAGUACGGUUCGCGAGGAAAUGUCGGCGCCGGAAUUGGAAAUGCGAAUAGGCUUGCACCUCGGCAAAUUCGUUGGCGGGAUUAUUGCUACCACGAAGAUCAACUAUGACAUCUUUGGUGUUGAUGUCACGAUAGCCAAUCAAGUCGAGACAGCGGGUAUACCCGGCAAAAUAGUUGCAUCUAACUCUCUCCGCGGAUAUCUGAUUCAUCAUUUCCCGGAAAAGUAUAGAUUCCGUUUCCAUAAAACAAUAGAGACGCUGGUUCCUGACGAUUCCGCUACCUUCAUAAGGAUAGCAAGCACAAAUAACCUCUUUGAGUUCAUCAGUGUCCACGGGCACAACUACUCAUGUCAUGCGGAGAAGACAUCACGGCAUGCCACGACUAUGAACUUCGUCACAACAUGA